UUAUUUGAUUCCUUCUAAGACGCAACAAAAAUGGCAGGAGAACAGAUUUCCCUUAUCCCAGAAGCCAAAGUGUUGGCUUCUACAAUGACUAAGAUUAAUAAAGUCUCUAGAGCUGCCUUCAGCUGUAGGGAUUUCAUAAGAAUGGGCCUUGAUCACUACUUACAUCGUAUUCAUUUAUAUUCAGAGUGUCAUGAGUCAUGAUUUGUGAUAGCAAUGAUUUUGAUUGACAGAGUCCUUGAGGAAUACCGUGCUAGCUCCAAGUCUCUCCCAUUCAAUGUGUAUACGCUAUGCCUAUCUUCAGUAGUCCUCGCAAUCAAACUCACCGAGGAUGAUGCUUGCAAUAAUGAGUUUUACGCAAGAUUAGGAGGUGUGUCUAACCAAGAAAUGCUCGAGCUUGAACUUCAGCUGCUGCAACUGAUAGAUUUUAAUUUAGUCAUCUCCAAGGAAGAGUUUACUUCUUACCAAAGAGAGAUGGCUUCGUACCAGGGAUAAUUACAUUCCCUUCGUAAUAACAUCCCAGGAGGAUCCUUAAAUUGGGAUGACCUUAAUUCGUUAUAUAAAAAUUCAG